AGGACAGUUUCGUCUUUUCACAUCCUUCUGUUACUAACUAUAUUAUUUCCCUCUAUGUAGCUCAUAAUUAAUCAACUGAAUCCAUUUCUCCUUUGUUUUUUUUUUUGAAAAAUCUCCCGUUGAUCACUCUCCCUUUCUCUUCACACUCUCGUUUUCUUUUCUUAUCCUUUGCUUCCUCUCUUUUAUUUUUCUCAAUGCAGAGAGCCAAACAGGAUCGAUCUUUGUAUUUCGAUAUCUCUUUAUAAAGAAGAAACUCUCAUAUUCUUUUUCAAUUUUCUCAAAGCCUUUGGAAAAUGCGGGCUUUGAGUCUGCUGAUCUUGGAGAUUUUAGCAGUCUUGUCGGUGGUUUACUGUAAUGUUAUCCCACUGGAGAGAGCUUUUCCUUUGAACAAGAGAGUUGAGUUGAGUCAUCUCGUAGCUCGUGACCAACUCAGACACUCCCGAAUCUUGCAGGGUCUCGUUGGUGGUGUCGUGGACUUCUCUGUUCAAGGCUCCUCCGAUCCCUACCUCGUCGGGCUUUAUUUUACAAAGGUGAAACUUGGAUCUCCUCCUAGAGAAUUUAAUGUGCAGAUAGACACUGGAAGUGACAUAUUAUGGGUCACCUGCAGCUCCUGCCCUAAUUGUCCUCAAUCCAGUGGACUCGGAAUUCAGCUCAGUUUAUUUGACACGGCUAGUUCAUCAUCUGCUAGGCUAGUUUCUUGUUCAGAUCCAAUGUGUUCUUCAGAAUUUCAAACUACUGCAACGCAGUGUUCUCAGAGCAAUCAAUGCAGUUACUCCUUCCAGUAUGGAGAUGGAAGUGGGACAUCAGGUUAUUAUGUAUCUGAUAUGUUGUAUUUUGACGCUGUUUUGGGGCAGUCUUUGAUUGCUAACUCUUCGGCUGUCAUCGUUUUUGGGUGCAGCACGUAUCAGUCUGGUGACUUAACUAAAACUGAUAAAGCUGUGGAUGGGAUAUUUGGCUUUGGCCGAGGUGAUCUGUCUGUUAUAUCACAAUUAUCAUCCCAUGGUAUAACACCUAGAGUUUUCUCACAUUGUUUGAGAGGAGAUGGCAGUGGAGGGGGUAUAAUGGUUCUUGGUGAGAUUAUGGAGCCGGGCAUUGUUUAUAGUCCACUUGUUCCAUCACAGCCUCAUUAUAAUUUAGUUCUACAGAGCAUUGCUGUCAAUGGACAGAGUCUGGCAAUUGAUCCAUCAGUUUUUGCAACAUCAAAUAAUCGUGGUACCAUUGUUGACUCUGGAACAACUUUGGCAUACCUUGUGCAAGAGGCAUAUGAUCCAUUUGUCAGCGCUAUAACUGCUACUGUUUCACCAUCUGUGACUCCCACCAUUUAUAAAGGAAACCAAUGUUAUCUUGUCCCCACUAGUGUAAAUGAGAUAUUUCCCCCAGUUAGUCUAAAUUUUGCUGCUGGUGCAUCAAUGACAUUAAAACCAGAAGAGUAUCUUAUACAUUCCGGUUUCUAUGAUGGUGCUACAAUGUGGUGCAUUGGUUUCCUAAAGGUUCAGGGUGGAAUAACCAUUUUAGGAGAUCUUGUCUUAAAAGAUAAGAUAUUUGUUUAUGAUCUCGCUCGUCAACGAAUUGGAUGGGCUAAUUAUGAUUGUUCAUUAUCUGUAAAUGUCUCUAUUACUUCCAGUAAGGACUUCAUAAAUGAAGGACAGCUGAGUGUGAGUAGCUCAACAAGAGAGAUGCUAUUCAAGCUUAUACCUUUGAGUUUUAUAACUCUACUAAUGCAACUCUUAGAGUUUGUGGAGUUCCAAUUUUUGUAAUUUAAACCUCAAGUCUGAAAAUUCAUUCUUUGUUCUACAUAUAGUAGAUUGUCCGAUCUUUAUUUAUGGUGAUCGGCAAGGCAUUUGUGCUCUUCAGGAAGAUAGCAAAGGUAGUUAUCUCCAGAGUGUAAGAUCCUUCUCUGAUUUGGAUUGCUUGUGAAGAGGGCAGGAGGUCUUCUACUUAUCUGGUGGAUAACUUGGCCUUCUCCCAUGCCAAGCAUUGCUAGACUUGUAUAUUAUCUCUGUUGUACGGGUAAUAUGUUGCCAUUGGAAGUUGGAAGCAGAACAAGGGCACUCAAUUUUUCUGAUCUGGUUUUAGCUAUACGUGUAGAAGAAGUAACAUUUGGUGUCCGUCCAUGCUACAAGUCAAUUUUUGUAAACAUCAUUGCUUGUUUGGUAAUAUAAAAAAUGCUGAUAAUUGCCCUGAUAA